AUGUUUGCUUCUUAUUUACUUGAAUUAAUUGAAUUAAUUAAUAAAUUAAAUAUACUUAUAACAAUCCAAUCAAAAAAGCAAAAAACUAAUGCUUUACCAAAAACAACUGGAAAUAAUCUUAGAUCACAACCUAUGAUCAUUUAUCAAAUGUCACCACCAAUGCCACCAAUGUACAAUUCUUAUCAACAUGGUUAUUAUUCAACGAAACACCAUUACAAUCUAAAUAUAAAGAAAGGAGAUUUUCUUAUGAAAUUUGGUGAUUCUUUUCUAAAAUAUGAAACUAAUUUUAUUGAUAAUGGAUAUACUGUUGAUUUGUUGGGUCAAUUAAAAAAUAUUGGAGUUGACUUAGCUGGACAUCGUAUUAAAAUUUUAGUAGAAUUAGGAAUUAAAAUUCCAAAUUGA